UACAGAAGCACUUUUACCUUUACAAUUUUACAUCUGAUCCCCCAUAUAUGCAUCUAAACAGCAUUGUCCUUGCACAGAACUACAUCACACUUUGAGCCCAUAUUUAAUUUGUAAUCUAUCAUCCCUAGUAUCUUUCUCAGAUUCUUUCCUUCGAGAUAGCUGUCACUCACUUUGUGCCUGCACACCCUAGUGAGAAACUUUAUGAGACAAAUUUGCAGCUCUCGCCUCCACUUUUGUACUCAGAGAAAUAUCUGAACGAGUACCUGUGCUGCCUAGAUGUCAUUGUGAUGGGGGAUUUAGGAAUACCUAGUCAGCUGAAUAGAAAAUUGCUUGAAUAAUUAUGUGGGUGCUGAUACUAAUGUGUACACUUGUGCAACACAGAACUGUAAGAAGAUAGUUGGACCUUACCUUAAUGAUAAGGGUUCACAAUACCUAAUGUUUUAAAGACAGAGGUUUCUAUGAAAUAGAAUGUGCUAGAAUAAUAAUUCUUUCAAGAUGCUGGUGGCUUUCUUUUGUUUAACUAGGAAGCUACAGACAUAUCACCUCGGAAAGGGCUGGUUCUGACUCACACCAGGGCUGGUUUUGCCUGGGUGUGUGCGGAGAGGUUCUGAAUGGCAGCUCAGAUGCUCUUCAUAACCAUGGAUCAAGGAUCAGAAGCAAUAACUGAGAAGCCCUUUGAAAAUCUGGCCAUUUAAUUUAGGUGCCUAAAUGGGAGCUGUUGAUGCUGAAAAUCUGUCCUGAAACAUACCUGAGUCGAGGUACUGAGAAUAGGUUAGCACUUCGACGACAGACAAUACUCCGGGAGAAGGGCAGAAGGCUGGCCAGUCGAGGACCAGCGUACAUGUUUAAUGAUCAUUCCACAAGCCUUUCUCUUGAUGAGGAGCGUUUUUUGGAUGCAGCAGAAUAUGGGAAUGUUCCCGUGAUUCGUAAAAUGCUGGAAGAAUGUACCUCACUAAAUGUGAACUGUGUGGACUACAUGGGGCAGAAUGCUUUGCAGCUCGCAGUUGCCAAUGAGCAUCUGGAGAUUACAGAACUUUUACUGAAGAAGGAGAACCUCUCCCGGGUUGGGGAUGCCUUGCUCUUGGCUAUUAGUAAAGGUUAUAUUCGGAUAGUGGAAGCCAUCCUAAAUCAUCCUGCAUUUGCUGAAGGCAAGAGACUUGCAUUAAGUCCCAGCCAAUCAGAAUUCCAGCAUGAUGACUUUUAUGCAUAUGAUGAGGAUGGAACCCGGUUCUCCCAUGAUGUUACCCCAAUCAUUCUGGCUGCUCACUGCCAUGAAUACGAAAUUGUCCACACCCUUCUGAGAAAAGGUGCUCGCAUUGAAAGGCCACAUGACUAUUUCUGCAAAUGCAGUGAGUGCAAUCAGAAGCAAAAACAUGACUCUUUCAGCCAUUCUAGGUCCAGAAUCAAUGCUUACAAAGGUCUGGCGAGUCCUGCUUACCUCUCCUUGUCCAGUGAAGACCCGGUAAUGACUGCCUUAGAACUUAGCAAUGAGCUGGCUGUGCUUGCAAACAUUGAAAAAGAAUUCAAGAACGAUUACAAAAAAUUGUCUGUGCAAUGCAAAGAUUUUGUAGUUGGACUCCUCGAUUUGUGCAGAAAUACUGAAGAAGUGGAAGCUAUUUUGAAUGGAGAUGUGGAGAUGAGCCAUAAUAGUGGAGAACAUGGUCGUCCCAGCCUUAGCCGCUUAAAACUUGCCAUUAAGUAUGAAGUCAAAAAAUUUGUAGCACAUCCAAACUGCCAGCAACAACUUCUGUCAAUCUGGUAUGAAAAUCUCUCAGGUUUACGUCAGCAGACCAUGGCAGUGAAGUUUCUAGUUGUUCUUGCAGUUGCAGUAGGGCUGCCAUUCCUGUCAGUGGUUUACUGGAUUGCUCCAUGCAGCAAGCUGGGGAGGAUAAUGCGUGGACCGUUUAUGAAGUUUGUAGCACAUGCAGCCUCUUUCACCAUUUUUCUUGGUCUGCUAGUCAUGAACGCAUCUGACAGAUUUGAAGGCACCAAACUCCUACCUAAUGAAACUAAAACAAAUAGUGAAAAGCAGAAUGGAAACAUCCUGUUCAGAAUGAAAACAUCCUGCUUCUCAUGGAUGGAGAUGCUCAUUAUCUCUUGGGUAAUAGGCAUGAUAUGGGCUGAAUGUAAAGAAAUUUGGUCUCAAGGGCCCAAGGAAUAUCUGUUUGAGUUAUGGAAUAUGCUUGAUUUUGGUAUGUUAGCCAUUUUUGCAGCAUCAUUCAUUGCAAGAUUUAUGGCAUUUUGGCAUGCUUCCAGAGCCCAGGUCAUUUUUGAUGCAAUUCCUAAUGUGAAGAAUGUUACAACUGCAACAUUGAAUUCCAACAUAAGUUACUACACAUUGGCGAGAAUAAACUGGGAUCCAUCUGAUCCACAAAUCAUAUCUGAAGGCCUGUACGCAAUUGCUGUUGUUUUAAGUUUCUCCAGAAUAGCCUACAUUCUCCCAGCCAAUGAAAGCUUUGGACCUCUACAGAUAUCACUUGGCAGAACUGUGAAAGACAUCUUCAAGUUCAUGGUAAUAUUUAUCAUGGUGUUUGUGGCCUUCAUGAUAGGAAUGUUUAAUCUCUAUUCCUACUACCGUGGGGCCAAACAAAAUGAAGCAUUCACAACAGUUGAAGAAAGCUUUAAGACACUGUUCUGGGCUAUAUUCGGACUUUCAGAAGUGAAAUCAGUUGUCAUUAAUUAUAAACACAAAUUUAUUGAGAAUAUUGGUUAUGUCCUUUAUGGAGUCUAUAAUGUUACUAUGGUCAUUGUUUUAUUGAACAUGCUAAUUGCAAUGAUCAACAGCUCUUUCCAGGAGAUUGAGGAUGAUGCUGAUGUGGAAUGGAAGUUUGCUAGGGCUAAACUCUGGUUUUCCUACUUUGAAGAGGGGAGAACUCUUCCUGUACCCUUCAACCUAGUGCCAACUCCAAAAUCUUUGCUUUAUCUCUUACUCAGAAUAAAAAAAUGGAUCUCUAAAGUAUACCUAUGUCAUAAGAAUGGUUUUCAGGAAGAUGCAGAGAUGAAUAAGCUUGGGCAAAGUAAGCAAUCAAGUAUAAGAAGCACAGAUGAUCUCCAUUUAAAUAGCUUAAGUAAUCCUCCACGACAAUACCAGAAGAUAAUGAAGCGUCUCAUUAAAAGAUAUGUACUGAGAGCUCAGAUAGACAAGGAGAAUGAUGAAGUCAAUGAAGGGGAACUGAAGGAAAUUAAACAGGACAUCUCAAGUCUCCGUUAUGAACUUCUUGAGGAAAAAUCUCAGAACACAGAAGACCUGGCAGAACUCAUUAGAAAACUUGGGGAGAAACUUUUGAUUGAGCCCAGAGAGGAAGAAAGAAGGAGUUAACUUAAACAUUUAAACAAUGAACCAAAAAUUCAACAAUCCACUUCAAGCCAUAUUUAUCCUCUCUUAAUUUUUCAAGCUAAAAGUUCACAGUUUUAAAACAGAUCAAGAAAUAAAAUUAUUCCAGUUCUUGCAGAUGGUUAACCCCUUACAUCUGUGAUUGACAAAAACAGUCAUUUGAGAAAAGAUAUUUAUUUAUUUUACCCCCCUCCAGAGAAAAAUUAAUCUUAGAUUACUCAAUGUGUAAUUUCGUUCUUCCAAAUAUAUCAGCUAAGGCUUGACUAGACCAUCCAUUAAUGAUUAAAACUGUUGGCUCUGUAAAUCUAAACUCCUCAUAUCUUAACCUCUUAUAUUUUCAGUAGCUUCCUUUCCUAAAUAUGCAUAAGUAUAAUUGAACAAAAUGGAAGAGAGGAAGGCAUAUAAGGCCUGGUCUAAAAACAUCCCAAAUCAAAAUCCAUUUAUUUUUCAAAAUAAAAUGUUCCCAGGUGGGGGAGAGGGGGAAGGCUCAAUUUGCAAAUAAAAUGCAAAACGAUGGAAGUAAUUUAUUCUGAAUAUGUUUCCUUGUGGAGAUUUGUCGUGACAUCAUGUGAGCUGCCUCCUUACCACUCAUUCCACUAUGUUUUUCAACAAACCAAUACUGAGCUAUCCUUCCAGGAAGCUGCAUUCCAAUGGGAGUUACUGCAUUGAGAAAAGUUUCAGAGUAGCAGCCAUGUUAGUCUGUAUUCGCAAAAAGAAAAGGAGUACUAGUGGCACCUUAGAGACUAACCAAUUUAUUUGAGCAUAAGCUUUCGUGAGCUACAGCUCACUU